AUGUCGGCGAGGGAAGUGGAACUGGAGGUUGCGCCCGACACCUAUGGGUUCAGUCACGGCAGUUCUGGCUUGAGGAACCGUCACCAAGCUGUUCCCAACGGUAGUGCGAUCGACGAAGCCACUGGGUACCCGCGAGUGCUCCAGGAGGCCUCGUCACUGCAAGAGCGCAGACAAAGCUUCAUUCUUAUCCUCAUCUCCGGGAUAGAUGUCAUUAGCAGCGCGGUCAUGAUGGGCGUGGCCUUCAAGUUUGCCUACCGAGCCGUCGGGGCAUCGCUGUACUGCCUGGGCAUCCAGGCAAUCUCACACAUGCUGUCUUCCAUCAUUCUGAUCGCACGUUUGGUGGGAGAACUUGGCGUGCCCCAAGAUGCAGAAGAAUCAUUGCUCAGGGAGAAGCGACGACGCUUCUUGUACCGAGAGCAGGGUCUCAACGUGGUUAUGGGCCUUUCCAUGUUAGUUGCAGCAGCAGCUCUCGUGUUCAAGGCAGCCAGGAAGAUCAAAUUCUGGAACAAGUGGUAUACAGACCACCAGCACAUGGAUUCAGAGGCUCAGUGGGCCACCGAAUUCCUUGCGUGGUAUGGCUUUGCCUUUUACUUUCUUCAGGCGCUUGCCCGCUUCUUCCUCGGGCGAAAGUUGCGAAGGAAUAUUGUUUGGAGCGCGCUCGUGAACUCCAUCAUCAGCCUGAUCUUUCUCUUGGUGAUGGGACUGGCAGCAAGCUACGAGAAGGAAGGGACGUGGAAGGCAGAGCCUAUCUGCGCAAUCGUUCUGGCGGUUGUCAGCUUGGUUGAGGGCAUCAGGAUCGUCAUUUCAAACAUGGAUGAUAUGGACACUCGCAUGCGCCAUGAUGCCCGGGCAUAG